AUGCCCCACGCUGCCCCUUCGCGCGUUGCUCCCACCGCAACCUCUGACCUUGAAGCCGGAGCGGUCCUCAAACUAGGCGAAUUCCAGAACGAAGUCACACUCAACCUCUCCGAAGCGCGAAUCAUCUUGCAAAAGACACUUGCAACCCGAGCGGCUCGUGGAGGUGGUUUGGAGGAGACCGAAGUCACCGCCAAAACGCGCGACUACUUGGAAAUCUUUGCAGUCUUCAAGGACCUGGCCGAGGCACAACAAGUGGAAGGAAUCAUCAACUCAUAUGGUGAAAAUCUGGAGAGAUUUGAGAAGUCUCAGCUGGGCAGUCUGGUGCCAACAUGUUCGGAUGAGGCGAAGGCGCUGAUUCCGAGUUUGGAGAAGAAAGUUGAAGACGGUGUGGUCACCGAGGAUGAAUUGGAGGGUAUUUGCAGGGAGCUACAGCGGCUCAAGAGGCAGGCUCAGCUUUGA